AGAGUAGCGUAUGCUGUCUUGUACCCCACCAAAAAGCUGUCAGUGAGGGCAGAGCGGGGCAAGAAUUACCGAAAUCACAGCCACUGUCGCUCAAACGAGUGUGUAAAUGUUUCAAGCCUCGGUUUUGCGCCGGCGUCGCUUUGAGAGCUGGAAGUAAAACGAGGAUAAACAACAGCAGCAGCUUUCUCCCAUUCAAACUGCAUAAGGCCGUGUAGACUGAUACAGUGAUACAGGCUGCUGCUGCAAUACAGCGAGCAAAUGGCGUUGAAAAGGAUCCAAAAGGAGUUGACAGACCUACAGAGGGACCCACCUGCCCAGUGUUCAGCAGGACCAGUGGGAGAAGACUUGUUUCACUGGCAGGCAACAAUAAUGGGGCCGAACGACAGUCCGUAUCAAGGCGGCGUCUUCUUCCUCACAAUCCACUUCCCUACAGAUUACCCCUUCAAACCUCCUAAGGUUGCAUUCACAACAAAGAUCUACCACCCCAACAUCAACAGUAACGGAAGCAUCUGUCUCGACAUCCUGCGGUCCCAGUGGUCUCCUGCCCUCACUGUAUCGAAAGUUCUCCUCUCAAUCUGUUCGCUGUUAUGUGAUCCGAACCCAGAUGACCCACUAGUGCCUGAGAUCGCACACACGUACAAAGCUGACAGAGAAAAGUACAACAGACUAGCGAGAGAAUGGACGCAAAAGUACGCCAUGUGAGAGUGCCUACAUCUGCUGGAACACCCGCAGCGAGCAAAACGGACAGAGGAACCUGUUUUAACGUUUUUAACACGGGGAGAAAGAACAAGGUGGAGGACAGAUCAACACCAAACCUUUGGCUGGGAGGAAGCAGAGAGCGGAGGGGAAGAGACCGGAGACCACCCUUGGACGUCGGCCGCCGCGUGCCGCGAGCCGCUGCCGGACCGGUGCCUGGAUAACAUAAGCCUGAAAAGAGCCUGGAAAAAAAACAGGAAACUUCUCUGGAAAACGGGACACCAGGCUACCACAAACCCAGGAAAUUAGACUUCUUUGACUAUUAGUACUACUACUACUGCUGUUAUUGUGAUUGACUCUUUCUCAGUGUUCCUGUUGCCACUGUUUUUCUCAUUCGGAUUCGUUGAUGCGCCCAUGCCACCACUUCCUGGAUGAAGGUGAAGGGCUUGGCCUCUCUGAUAGAUACAUCAUCUCCUUUGAGUUUCUGUGGAUACCCUUUGGUUUUGUGUAUGUGUGCGUGUGUUGGACAUGUAACGCUAUACACUCAGGGCACGAAACAGUUAAACUCCACUUUUCAUCAUUUUUAAGUUAAAUUUCUCUCUCGUUUAUUAUGUUAAAAUAUAUCUAUACACAAAAACACUUUGUCAAACAUGUGAAAUCACAGUCAUAUAAUUAUAUAAUUAUACAACACAUAAUAUAUAUGUAACAAUCUGUUACUAGGGCUGCACAAUAUAUGUGAUAUAUAUUAGUGAACCUUUAAUGUGAUAUACAGCACUGUGCAAAAGUCCA